AUGCCGACAACAUCGUUCACUGUCGCUCCUGCCGCUCAACUCGUAACUCAUGGAAACAGAAAAACGACACCGCACGAAGGUUUUAUUGAGGAGAAAACAUUGUCAACAGCUUCUGCAAACAAUCAUGAGACUCCUCAGACGGAGCGCUCAACAGAGAGCUCUACGCCGGAAACAACUACUUUACAACAUUCUAAGACUACGACUCGUUCAAAGAUCAUUCAUGUUGGACCCAACGGAGUUGUCGAAAAAGUAGACGAAAGUGAGCAACAAAGGCCAGAGGAGAAAGAGCAAGGAGAAGAAGAAGAAGGUGGAAAUGGGCAUGGAGAGCAUGCUGGAACUGGUAGUGUGAUGGUAACUGAUACAGGAUCAGACAAGAUUAUUCAUAUUGGUUCUACGGUGGAAACUUCUCACUCUUCUACUUUUUCAACGACAUUUGACCUCACUCCCAGCACGGAAAUCACUGCUACCACGGAAACUACCAAAAGGACAACACAUACUGUCGGCAAUCCGGAAGUCGAUGACUGUCUCCAAAGAAUGGGAGCAGGAAAUGGAGGAGAGGUGGUCGUUUGUGACUGUCCUAAUGGACAGUUCAAAAACGACGCAAACGGGCAAUGCGAAGGUGCUGUAAAUUUGUGAUUUUCUAUAUAAUGUCAUAAUUUUCAGAGACUCUAUCUCUUAUGAAUGUAAAGGUUCACGUUAACUCAAUCUGCAACUCGGAUCGUACAUCUUUCGAACAAAAACAAAGAAUAUUACGUCAAAAGGUAAAACAGAACGCUAUUAUGGACAUUUUCUAUGCAAUAUUUCAGAUCGGCUCAUCAUACAGAUCCUGCAUUCGCCCCGCUCUCCAUGGAACUUCUCUUGUUGCAACAAUUAGAUGUGAACAGUGCUCUAUCACGGAGGUAAACCAUCUUCUGAACACCAGAUCUUUUGGAGAACCCGGAAGUCUGAACGUGACAACGGAAGGUAUACAACAUUCUUAGUUGCUAAUCAUUCUCCAAAUGUAUGUUCAGCUUUUGGUGCAGAGCUAUGCUCUGAUUCUGCUUUAAAUCAUUGUCACGUUUAUUCGGAAUGUCUUGUGGAUGCUGAAGGACUACGCUACGCCUGUAGAUGUAAGGACGGAACUACAGAUGCAUCUGAUGGUUAUGGAAGGCAAUGUGAAGGGUUUCCUGCUGAAUCUGAGUGAGUUGUGAGAUACAUCAGCUUGAUGACUGCCAGCGCAUUUCAGUUGUAUCAUGGUAUUCGGUAUCUGCCUCAUUGUCUGGUUACUGUUUCUUCUCGGAGCAUUCAUGCUGUCGUUACUAGGUUGCCUAGCCUGUUAUUCUCUUUGUCAAUACCGUUGUUGCCGACAAAUUGCAAUACAUCCAGCAGAUGCGGAUGGUCUCCAAACUGUGGUAUUUCUUGCAGUAAUCUUAAUUAUUUCUCAGUCCAAAACUUUAGGUUAUUGGUCCGAAAGCUGCAAAGAGUCUGGAUCCUAAUAGAGAACGGCUACCCCACAUGAAAGCCAUCUUUGCUGAUAGUCUGAAAUACAGUGCAAAGGGUUCCACAUCGGUUGCCAGUGCUUUUGCGUUAGCAGAUUUCAGAAGGAAGAAAGUAUCGAGACCACCUGAAAUGAGUAAAGUGCCAGAAGAAGUUGGCGAGGUAAGAUAUUAUCAUAACCAUUAAUGCUUUUCCUUAACCCAUUUGUUGUAGGUCGCAACCCCCACUGCUGAACCAGAACCUUUGCCGAAGAGUAGUAGUCUCGCCAAAAUCUCAACCCACACAUCGAUCUCUGAGCCUCCGACGCCCGUGGGUAUUAUCGAAACGCCCAUACUUGAAAAGGUACGUUUUUGCACUUGAAGUGAGAUGUAUAUUACGAAAUCGUAUCUUUCAAGAAUUCGAGUUCUGUUUCGCUCGUCUCCGCAAACGACAACGCACCGCAACUUCCCAGUUUACCGCUGCCUCUUCCCGUGCCAAUUACAACGAGCACAUCAACAAUAGAGGAGAAAACGGAAAAAGAGAAAGAGCGAGAGACAAGUAGCGCUUCUCAGGAACCACAAGUGAGAGAGCACAAUUGUUUUGGUGUAGCAAAGAUAUUUAGAAGGUGGCGGAAACGGAAAGACCUGCGUCGUCGCAUUCAAUCGGUGUGCAGCCGACCAUUUGGGAAACGUAUCGCGUGCUUGGGCAGCAGUACUCAAAAUCUGAUUUGACUGGUGAAUCAUACUAACUCUAGACCGGAAAUAAGUUAAAAAUUUUCAGAGCGGAAACCGAGUGUUGACUCUUUAGAGCAAAUGUUUGAAGCGCGCUUGGCUGAAACUUCAAGAACAACCAAAACCAUUCCAACCGUGAGAACAGACAAAUCGGAUAGUUCAGCUAUUAUGUUCACUGCAAAACCAUAUAAGGAAGAGAAAGAACCCGAGUAAGAAGUGCUUCGCUCAUUUUUUAAAUCUUGAGCUCUUCAGGAAACCUCCCUUGAUCGUUGAAGAGAAAGUUGAAACAGUAGUAGAUAAUGUAACUGAAGAUCCUAAACAAGACGCUGAGGACAUCCAGAAAAACGUCGAUGAAGCUAAAGAGACGCAACUGUAUUAUUUUCAUAUUAUUAUCUGAAAUCCAUAUAAUCUGUUGAUUUUUCCAGAAAAGAGACCGACUCGAAACUAGCUGAUAUGAUUGGAGUGACAUCAUUCCAUUCGUCUCAAGUCCCCACUCCGACCAGACCCCAAUCUCCCGAAGGUGUUUCAAAAGAGGGUCCUGCCGAAAACGAGAGUGGAAGUUUGUCGCCGUCUCUCGAGAGGUCACUCGAAGCAGCGUUGUUGAUUGAAAUGGCGAAAAGAGGAAUCGAACUUCCGCUGUCUCCCAAGACACCUGUACCGACUGCUGGAGAACUUGAGAAGAUUGUCGCGCAGAAAAAGAUCCUAACAGACAGUGAGGAGGAUUCUGACAUUAGACCAGUAAAACCGAGAGAACCUAAAACUGAGCCCCCUUCGACUAAGUCAGAAAGUCGCAAAUCCUCCGCAAAAUCCAUUGUGUCAUCUCGAAAAUCGAGAAUUCCGAGCGCGUCUCAAUCUCGUGCAAAUAGUGCAAAGCAACGAAUUUCUGAGAUUGAUGAGCAGGAUAAUGAGCAGGAAGUGUUUGUUCCACAGGGAGUCAAGACAAUUCACGAGAAGAACAAAUUGAUGAGACGUAGUGGCGCCAGUGAAUUAGUUCCGUCGACAGAUGAGAGUGAUCCUGAAGUCGCGUUCUUCAAGAGACUGGAUAAAAUGAGGCGGGAGACUUCGGAUCGAUAUGCCCCUGUACACCCGGGCAGAAAGUAUUCCAGACGGCGGAAACCUGAAAGAACUCUGUCCAGUAUCUCAGAGAAAAGCGCCGAGAUUGCAGCUGAAGCGGCCCUCGAAUACCCUGUCGACACUUCCAUUUCCUGCCCUCCUACAACUCGGUAACUCGUUUUUUCCUCAUAAGUUUAAAAGCCAUCACGCUCAUUAAUCUUUCAGUUCUUUCCUCGAACCACGUGCUCCACCGGUGCCUCGAUAUGUAUUCAAACGUAAAGUUAUCGAAGCGACAGAUGAAACAUCAGAUGUCGACAUCCCCAAGCUUUCACCUGCGAAGCACUCACAGCCAGUAGUUAGCUCACCCGAAAUACCCGAUGUGACUUUUCAACGAUCAAUGGAAAAUUUGCACAAUUCAGAGUUUGAUAGCAAACCGGAGACAUUAACACAUGGCGGCACUGCCAAAAAGAGCAAUCUGAUGAAGAAAAAACCCGUUAAGGUAAGAAACAUGACAGUAGGACAAUAAGUAAUCGGAAAGAUUCAGAGCAGCGUUGCCGGACCAUCAUCAAGUGUGCAGAGCAGCAGGCCAAGCAGCAAGUUCGGAUCAAAAACUACGAGCCCACGGAAUGGAGACGAGACCCCUGCAUCGCACACUUCUCGAAGCACCCGACAUUCUUUGAUCAGCCGGAAAAUUGCGAUUCGACGACAGGAACUGAAAGCAGUCUCUGGUUCUGCGCAUGA